GUAAAUAUAAAAAUUUAUAUAUCAUUAAUAGCUUUUAUACCUGCAUGUGUUUUCUUUUUAUGCGUAUUAACCUUUGUUAUCUAAAAGUUGUGUAUGGGCUCAUUUGACACACAUAUAUUGAAAGAAAGAGAAGGUGGCACCGCCUAUGUUGUAGGAUAUAAUCAAAUGUUUGAUGAACUAGGCAUAUACGGUAUACAAAAUGUUACCUUUCCUAGAAUGAUUCCAGAAUUGGAAUAUGAGUCAAUCAUUGAUAUUGCAUCUAGUAGCCUUCAUACGCUUGCAAUUAAUAGAUAUGGCCAAAUUUGGAGUUGGGGAUGUGGUGAAUUUGGAGCAUUAGGAAGGUCAGGUAUUGAGUCAUGUCCACGACCCAUUAUUCAUCCGUCAAUUCGACAUAUUAAAUUUAAAAAAGUAUCUUGUGGUAACUCUAUAUCAAUGGCAAUUACUACAAAGGGACAACUAUAUACAUGGGGGACUUUUAGAUCCAGUAAAGAUAUUUAUGGCUAUCUACCAAAUGUUUAUAUUCAAAAUCAUCCUCGUGUUCCCAAGUCAAUCGCAAAACUAAAUUUCAUAGAUAUUGCAUCAGGAGCAAGUCAUUGUGUUGCCCUUGACACGAAUGGACAUGUUUAUACAUGGGGCUGUAACGAAUUCUGUCAGUUAGGUCGUUCAACUACCACACCUACUGCAGAUGAAAAAGUUGAAAAACUUAAAAAUUUAACCCCUACACAGGUUCCUCUGUUAAAUGAUAUUGUUUCUAUUAGUUCUGGUGCCUUUCAUUCAUUAGCUUUAGAUCGAUUUGGACAGGUAUACGCUUGGGGAUUAAAUCAUUAUCAACAAUGUGGACUAGCAGAGAAGAAGAAGAUGGUGAAUGAAGGUAUGGAUGAUGAUCUUUAUCGAGCAGAACCUGAUAUCAUUGAAUUCCCAAGACAAAUUCCAUGCUUUAAAAAUAAGAAAACAAUUCAUCAUACCAGUAAUAAUCAAAUUUGUAUAGAUAAAAAUGAUAUAAAAAAGGAAACAAUGAAAGCUCCUUCAGUCAACACUACUACAAUAUCACUUAUUGAAGCUCUCAGAAAAAAAAUAGAGACAAUUAAUAUUAUGGAUCAACAGAAAACCACAGAAGAAAUAAAAAUAGAAGAGACAGACAUUAUGAGCAGCAAUGAAAAUUCGCUAACACAUACUCUUAUGCCAACCGUAAAAUCUAUAGCUACAGGAGAUUAUCACUCUAUUGCAUUAAUGAAUGAUAAUACAAUCGCUGUUUGGGGUUUCGGUGAAGAAGAUCAACUAGGCUUAGAAUUAGAUUCAAAUUUUCUAUACCCUGGUUCCUUUAAGCUUGGAGAUUCAGAUAAAGUAAAUGCAAUUGGCUGUCCUAUUAUUCAUCCAUGGCGUUGUAAGGAAAGGAUUACAAAGGUAGUAUGCGGUGCAAAUCAUUCAUUAGUAUUGUCUCAAGAAGGUCAUGUUUGGGGAUUCGGACGUUUAUGCUAUCAUCAAUCUAGCAUUUUGCAUAAAGAUAACAAUAUAGUGCCUACUCUAAUUGAUUCACUCACUUGUAAAGUCGUUAAUGCGUCUGCAGGUGAAACCUAUUCAAUUUUUAUUAUGGCUGAAGAUAUUGAUGUAUCUACCCUUUGAUUAAAAAAAAGUUUUUUUUUUUAUAUCAACUCAUUAGCAUAUUAUAUUUAUUUUUGUAGUAAAUAAAUUAGUAUCAACAUAUACACACAUCUUUUAUACACUUUAUUUACUAAUAUUAUU